GUGUGCUGCAGUAAGCGAGGCCAGCGUGGUGGCUUGCAGUUUCUCUCCCUGCUGUCGGGCUUUCGUGACCGGCUGCACCCGCGGAGACCUCAAGCUCUGGGAUGAUGGCGUCGGCCUCCUGCGCGCUCAGAAAGACGUCCAUGAUUUGGGAGUCGCCUGUUGCACCUUCGCACCCCAGUUCAAAGUUGAAGACCGCUGUGUUGAGUUUCGCCUGGCCUCCUGUGGACAGGACAGCCUGCUGAAGAUAUGGAUCGUUUCUCAGCGUGGAGCAUCAGCGUGGACCAUGACGUGUCUUCACACUCUCACUGGUCAAACGGCUCCGGUUCUGUCCUGCGCUUUCUCUGCCGACGGCGAGCUGGUGGUCUCCGGAUCGAUGGAUAAAAGUAUAACGAUAUACGAUGCGAACCUGGGAACCCUGCUCCACACUUUGAAGCAACAUGACAGAUACGUGACGGCGGUUGCUCUGUCUCCUGCCUCCGGCCUGAUGGCGACCGGCUCUUUGGACAGAUCGGUAAACGUGUGGAGGAUUGGAGAUGGAUGCGGAGAAACUGCGGCUGGAUCAGAGCGGGCACCUUGUCAUGGAAGGAAACUGCCGGGUCACUCCAGGUUGCUUCUUGCUGAUUGGACGGAGGAAGAUGUGCGGAGCUGGCUGCGCGAAGAAGGACUGGACGAGCUUGUUGAGAUCUUCAGAGCCAACAAUAUCGAUGGACCAGAGAUGAACCAGAUGAGCAAGGAGACUGUGGCUGAGCUGGGAAUAGAGUCUGUAGGUCUCCGUGGACGUCUUCUGAGGAAAAUUGAGGCCCUGAAGGCAGAGCAGAGUGGCUCAGAAGCUCCAGAUGAGUUUCUGUGUCCAAUCACCAGGGAGCUGAUGAAGGAUCCAGUCAUAGCUGCAGAUGGAUACUCCUACGAGCGAGAGUCUAUCGAGAGCUGGAUCCGAGGCAAGACCAAAACAAGCCCGAUGACCAACCUGCCACUACAGACGACCCUGCUCACCCCCAACAGAUCGCUGAAGAUGGCAAUAACCCGCUGGAAGUCCAGUCAGUAAACAAGCAGCUACUUUAAUAAUUACCAGACAGAGUCACCACCACUGAAGUGUUCCUGCACCCGAUGGCCCGGUCCAGAGGUCUCAUCCCACUGUGAUCCACGUGCUCUAUCACUGCUCCUCUCUCCACCAAGUACUGG